GACAGUGAAUCAUUAGCAAACUGCAACGCCAGAAUGAACUUGUCUGGAACCUAAGAGGAGAAAGGGGGGAAGGGGGUGGGGGCACGCAAUCAGCCAGUCCCUUUAUCGGGGUUUGCAGCUGGGGGUUUUGUCACAUACAAAGCCAAAGUGGAACUAAAAGCUGGUGGAUCACCAGUUCAAGAUGCUGCUGGUUUCUCAGCUGAUAGAAGCACCGCGGAUGGAGCCCCACAUUACGAACCUCUUAGGAAUCACAAAUCAACUGGAGAAGCUCUAUCUGGGGUCAUUAUAAUGACUCGCCGAUAAGUGUACAAGUUCUGCCGGAGGCUGUCCCGAGGCUGGCUGUUAUGUGUCUGGGACGUUGUCACUACAUCACACACUUCCUCGAUUUCAGGAUUGCCCUCUAAGCCUGUCUAAUGGGAUUCUCUGUUGCUGACCCUGGCUUACUCUGACCUACUUCCUUCUUCUGUCCCAGCAAGCUGUCAGCAGCUAUCAGAGCACCAGGAGCCGAAAUCACCGGGCACUGAGGGGGAAAAGCAAGGAUGUCGCUGGUGAAUUCGCAGGGAUCCAUUAAGAGGAAACUGGAAGGAGACAGCUUUCCUGACAGCAGUUCAUUUGAUGACCUUUACCCUCAUGACAUUAAGAGACCUUGCCUUGAUGAUGUUACCCUUUCUAUGGGACAAAGUAGCAACCCCAGUAGCUCAUGUUCUGAGGUACAGAUGUCGCCAUUUUCUCUGGAUCGUAAGUCCUCGUCCAUUGGCAUGGCUGACCAUUCAGUCCUACUUGAAAAUAACCAGAUGAAUGACAAUGACAUUGGAUCUUCAUUCACCAUGCCACCAAAUACAGAAGUUGGACAGAAGGGGCCAAUGGGUGGACCAGACAGUAUGGUUCAUUAUGAUGAAAAAGGAAACAGUCUGCAGACUGUGGAUCAGGAGCUUCAAGAUCUCCUGGAAGAGCUAACCAAAAUGCCAGAUCCUUCUCCUAAUGAUCUAGACCUUGAAAAUAUCCUGGGGAGCAAGCCAGAAGAACCACUUGGCAUAGUUCAUACACCACCAGCCUUGAGGAGCACUCCUAAACCUUCUCCUCAGACAUCUCACUUGGAGAACCACGUUACCAGCAAGGAGUUUUCUCCUAGUUGCAGUCAGACAGUAACGAGCGGGUCACCUCAGAUGCGGCCCUCCUCUGCAGGAGCGAGCUAUCCAGUUCGUCCUCCUAACAAACCUACCACCUCCCCCAUUUCUUCGACAGCCCAGACAAAGUGCCAGCCCCGGAAUAUGCUAACUGGCUCCUUACCCACCUUGUCUGGACCUCAUUGGCAUCACGCCCACCAACUGAAGGCCCUGGCAGCCAGCAAGCAAGUAUCUUCUACAAAACAGCAAAUGCCAGCAUCCAGCUGGUCUACCAUGGCUUCUCCGGGCCUUUCUCCACCGUACCCACCAGGGUCAUCGCCACACCAACAGCCAUACAGCCCUCAGAGCAUCAUGGUGUCUGGCAUUUCGUCCACCACUUUGCCAGGGAGCAACCUCCAGACCUCUCCCACUGCCUUGCUUUCAAAUCUGUCUGUCAGCGGCAACUCUAGUGGCGGGCCCUCUGGGCCCUUUGGUUCGGAGAUGCUGUCCAGUCCCAUCCUCACUCAGCAGCAGCAGCAGUUCAGCCCUCCCAAUGUCAUGCUUUCCAACCUAAGCUCCACUGCCAUACCGACCACCAGUAUCAAGAGUCCUUCGAGCAGCUUGGUCUCAAGCAUGGCCACCACCAACCCAUCCUCGCCGUAUCGGCCAGACAAGCUCUCUAGCCCAGCUCUGCAUCAGCAAUCCUUCAGUCCACAGGGCACCCUGAUCUCAAAUGUCAGUAACCCUGCAGGCAUGCAGCAGCAGCAGCAGCAGCAGCAGCAGCCACCGCCGCCACCACCGCCACAGCCACAGCAGCAGCAGAACCCACUUUAUAAGACCAUGACCAACAACCCAUCGAAAAAUCUCAAUGUGAUCCUGCAGCAAGCUUCUGGUGGCCUGCAAUCUGGGCUUGUGAGUGAAGGCCCUGGAAAUCAGGAGCCCUUUUCCUUUGGCAACACCAAGCCCCUGUCCCACUUCACUUCCGAGGCAGCCCCUCAGAAGGUGGCAUCCAUGUCUGCGAGCUCAGGACAGCCAUCCCUGCUCCACUACCUGCAGCAGCCUCCACAGGCCUCCACGCAGCAACUGCAGGCCCCGCAGCCCAACAGUACCCAGUUUUUGCUGCAGCAGAUGAUGCAGCAGCCGCAGAGGAGCCAGCGACAUAUGUCACCUGCCUCUUUGCCUUCGCAGCCUAGACAGGAUGGGAAUCCCAGCAUUGCUGCCAGACUUCAGGAAGCAGGCCCUCUCCAGAGUGCAGGCAGCUCCAUUCCAGCAGCCACUGCGGCCACAGUGAAUGGAUGCAUGAGAAACCAUUUGCUCAAGCAGCAGAUCCUGCGCAGGCAGCAUAUCAUGCAGCAGGAAAAGCAGAGACCAAAUGUCAUGGCAGUGCCAUCUGACCAGCGGGCUCCCUUUCUCUGCCAACAGAUGAGUCAGUUUUCAACCAUGCCACAGCAGAUGACUUCUGACUGUGGCCAGUCCAUGCCGACUCCCUCACCUAAUCCUCGCAGGAUGCCAUCCACACCUGGGAUCCUUCAGAGCACCUUGACCCCUGGAAUCAGUUCAACUACUGGAAACCAGAGCACAGGGGGCAUGGUUAUGAUCCCCCAGGCCCCAGGGAAACAACAGGGUAUUUUUCCCUCUGGCUCCGACUUUAAUGUCCCCAUUCGACAGAACCAAACUUCAGCUAGUCUGAGCUCCGUCAGCCAGACGGUUCACAGCAGUCAUUCAGCAGUCAAGCCUGGAAUGACCCUGCCUGGGUUCAGUUCCAGCUCCUUAGCAAACCAAUCUGCAAGCCCUCACCAGUUACGGCAGCCCAAUAUUCCCCGGAUCUCCAACAUGUAUCCCAAUUCCUCCCCUCAGGCCUGGAUCUCUACAGUGGCCUCUCGAAUGCCCAAUCAGAGCCAACUAGACACCAGCAUUCAGCAGUUCUCCACCAACCCUCUUUUCUCCAAACAAAAUGUGAGAUCCACUCUAACAGGUCAACAGUUUUCACCUCAGUCAGUGAUACCCCCCAAUCAGAUUGCCCCUGGAGUCAGGCAGAUUCCAAAAGUGAACAUAGGCCAGCCUGCUCAAAGCCUCAACAUGCUCAACAGCCAGAGUCUGAGGCAAAGUCUAACCAGAACCCCAUUGCCAGCUAUGAAUGUCAUGAAACCCCUCCCCCAAAGCGUGUCCAGUUUCAACCCAAUCAGCCCAGCCCAAGGCAUCGAGCCACCGAGCUAUCCCAUCACAAGCCAGGCGUCUGGGACCUUCAGUAGGAUGGGUGCUUCGGCCGAGCUGCCCCAGUAUGAUUUUGGCCCCCAGCAGAAUGAGUCCAUUUUGCCAGACAGUUGCAGUGAGACAGACUUCAUCGAUUCCCUCAUGAAAAGCAGCAGCAACAAUGAUGAAGAGUGGCUGAACAACUUGAGAAUGAUCGAUGACAUCUUGGGGCAGCACACUCAGAGCUCUGGUCACGUUUAGCUCUCAGCAGGUACCCAGAUUUGAUCCCCUUCUUCCCUGGCUGGGGGGGGGGGUGAGGGAAAACAAAACAGAAAAACACAGACCCACUAGACACACAACACACACACACACACACACACACACACACACACACACACACACAAAACCCCAACCGCACAGGCACAUACCCAAAGCUAGUUUUUGUCCAUCACUGAGUUGGAGCCAGCUCUUUACCUGUGACAAGGUUGAAUAUUGGCCAUUUUUCAAGUGACUGUAUAUAUCCAAAUUUUGUAAAUGGUGUUUUCUUAAGCAUUCAAUAUAGAAGUAUUAUUUAUACUUCUCUUUGUGACAGUUUGUAAAUAAAUCUCUGGCUUACGUAUUGUUUUAUUAUAGAAGUUUUGCUUGUUACACCUUGUUACAAAUAUGCAAAUCAUUUUGUUAGUUUCCGUAAUACUGUGUAUUACCGCUUGAAACACGCGUGUGUUUGACAUAAUGUAAGACAAACUAGGGGUGUUAGGUAAACUGAGCAAGUGGCAAUUGGAAGACCAGGAACACAAAUGCCUUGGGACUUCUUGUCUCCUUCCCAUUUCUCUUGGAUGCCUCAGAUGAGCAUGCUAAGUGUCUAGCGUGGAGAUGGGCUAAACAGCAACCUCCUCUGUGAUGAGAAAUACUGACAAUCGGAAGGAAUAUGUUGAGCCCCAGACGGGCCACCCCAGGCAAGUCUCCUGGAGAAGCUCGCCUUGCUCUGAACGAAGACCUCGGAGAGACUGCAAAGCGUCCUUACCAUUCUCAUUCAGACUGGAAGAAAGGCUGCCUCCGGUCCCAGCACCCCUAGUGUGUAUAUCUGUAGUGUACAGGUGAUUUGUUCCUGGUGGUAAGGCCUUUCAAUAUGUGUUUGAAUGUAAGACUUGGAGUUCAGGAGAAGAGUCUAUUGAUAUGAAGAGUUCAUUUGGGAUUUGUCUCUCUGAUGGUUUCUGUCUGCAGCUACAGUCAUGUAUAUUUAAGUGUCUGUUUAUAGAAGAGCCACUGUAUUGUAAAUGCCUUAAAAUGUUCAUGCUUUGUGGAAUCCUAUUUUAAUAGUCACAUCCUACUUCAGCCAUACAUUUGUAAUAUAGCAUCAGCUUUGAGCACAGGAUGGUUCUUCCUUCAUGCCAUAAUAAACUGCCAUGAGAGAACUGCA